AUGUAUUCAUACAUCUGUCUUUCUUGCAUAUGUUUGCUACUUCUUUCUUUCCAGACGGUGGUCGAUAGCAGCCCUGAUUACGGGGAUCUUUCCGGCGUGACGACAACGUCGGACGGGUUAAUGUUCGAACACCACGACUUUUGCUCCAACGAUUCCGAUGAAAUUAGCCAGUUGUGCGUGCCGCAAGACAGGCUGGAGGACUUAGACCUUUUCCCCGACUUCGCCGACGAUUUGAUUCUGUUCAGGUUUUCAGAACAAGAUUAUAAUUUCGGCGAGAUUGAGUUGGAGAAAAACCCUAAAAAGGAUUUCCGCGACACGGAGAUGAAACCCUUUUUUGCAAAAGAUUCGUCAUCGUCUGAUGAUGAUGUCGGAGAAGUCUCUUUUUCUCCUCCCGACGAAUACAGCACCCAACACAAAAUAAAUGACGACAGGAACGCUUUGCGCGCCAAUUUAAGUAAGAAGCCGAGGAGCAAGAGGCCAAACCGGUUGGAUUCCUUGCAGACUAAAAGUCGAAAUAAUUUUACAAAGAGAAGGAGGUGCAGCCAUUGCGAAGCGGAAAAUACCCCGCAAUGGAGAAUGGGACCGGAGGGUCCGAAAACGUUGUGCAAUGCCUGUGGCGUAAGAUACAAGUCGGGGAGGCUGGUGCCCGCCGCCAGCCCCACUUUUGAUAGGAUGAAGCAUUCCAACUAUCAUAGGAGGAUAAUGCAGAAGAAGAUUACGUUUCGGAGGAGGAAAUAA